CACACACAUGUAGAGAUACACACAACCUCACACAUACACGCACACAACCACACACACUCAGACAUACUGCAAACUCUCCACAGGAAACUCUGAGCCAUAAUGCGAAAGCACCUCAGAGCAGACGGGUGCAUUGCUCAAACCAAGUGGGAUACGCUGCGGCUUUGAUAGUGCGUUAAUUACUCAUGUGAUGUGAUACAGAUGUCUGGGGGCUUCAGCCGAAAGUUUGCCUGACGGUUUCCAAGGGGGCCAGGCAGACAUUUUAGAAGCGUGAUAUAUUGGGACAGUCUUUCAAUCAGUGAAAUCAAAGCGCCAAAUGUGCUCCAUAAUGGGCACCCCAGCUGUGCAUAUGUUGGUGCUAAUGGCCUGUAUGGCAGCCAGAGGAAUGUGCCAGAUAAACAGAGCCGAAACAGAGGAGGCUUCUCUCACAGGCUCCCUCGUCCACUCCACACGCCAGUCCCCAGGUUUCUACAGCACCAUCAAUCCCAGCACGGGGCCCGGCCUCGCUGAUGCGCAAGCUGUAAGUUCUGGGAAUGAAACUCUCACAAAGACGCCCAUAUCGCCUCCAAUGUGCGAAAAAUCGACCUCCGUUAACGACUAUUUCAAGUACAUCAACACCAUCAUAUCCAUCCAUGUGUUUGUGAUUGGCAUCGUCGGCAACGCCACCCUGCUGAGGAUUAUAUACCAGCACAAGUGCAUGAGGAACGGGCCAAACGCCCUCAUUGCCAGUCUGGCACUGGGGGACCUUAUCUACAUAAUCGUCGAUAUACCCAUCAAUGUAUACAAGCUCCUGGCGUCAGGCUUUCCGUUUCACAACAGUGUUGUCGGCCUGUGUCUGUGUAAGCUGUUCCCCUUCCUGCAGAAAGCCUCUGUGGGCAUCACUGUUCUCAACCUGUGUGCCCUCAGCGUGGACAGGUACAGAGCUGUGGCAUCCUGGAGCAGAGUUCAGGGAGUGGGCAUCCCAAUGCUUACAGUCGUGGAGAUUGUAACUAUUUGGUGGCUGUCGCUCAUCCUGGCAGUACCGGAGGCUAUUGUUUUCGACAUGGUCACCUUCACCUACAAGAAUGAAACUAUGCGCACCUGCAUGCUUAACCCAAAGUCUGACUUCAUGGUGUUCUAUACGAAAGCAAAGGACUGGUGGCUGUUUGGCUUCUACUUUUGUGUACCGCUGCUCUGCACUGCUGUGUUCUACACUCUGAUGACCUGCGAGAUGCUCAACCACAGGAACGGCAGCCUUCGCAUUGCCCUCAGCGAACACCUCAAACAGAGGAGGGAGGUGGCCAAAGCCGUGUUCUGUCUCGUCCUCAUCUUCGCCCUGUGCUGGUUUCCACUGCACCUCAGCAGGAUCCUGAAGAAGAUGCUUUACAGGCCAAAAGAUAGAAAGCGCUGUGAGCUGUUCAAUUUCCUGUUGGUCCUGGAUCACCUCAGUAUCAACCUUGUAACAAUUAACUCCUGCAUAAACCCCAUUAUCCUCUACUUUGUCAGCAAGAAGUUUAAAAACUGCUUCAAGUCGUGUUUGUGCUGCUGGUGUUACUCUGACAACCAGCUGAGCAGCAUCGGACCCAUGAAUGGUACCAGUAUCCAGUGUAAGAGCCCCGAGCCCAACAACGUCCACACUGAUCGCAGCAUGAGGAAAGACAGCGACUGAUCUCUCACCUGAGGACUAUUUUCAAGCUCUCCCAUAUACCCAGCAGCUUUUAAAAUACAACCAAUGCUCAUCCUAAAAUAUAUACAUCAAAAAGUACUUCAGACAAUAUACACAUCCUUAGGACCACUGAAGCAACAAAUGAGCCUGGCAGGGAUGGAUCAGGAACUGGAGAUAAAAGGAACAAACAAUGGAUUUGGCGCACAACGCUCUGAAGUUUACCAAGCCUCUCAGCGGGCUAAACUUCCUAAGACAAACUCCUUGUAUUCCCACACCCACGGACAGUGACGCUGUAGCGUGAGAGAAGAAGGGGGAGGGCGGGAUGAGGAAGAGGAGAACUCUUUUCUACAGGAUUCAGCUGAGCGGUGACUAUAAAUUACUCUCAAUAAGUAGCAGAGCGUGCUAUUCCUGUAAAGGGCAGCACUACUGGGAAGGAUGCACGAAGCUGCAGGAAGGAAAAAGCAAACUGCUUGCUGUCAGAGGGAAUGAUGGGAGAUGAGUAUGCGCCGUCCCCAGGAGUUUGCUGCUCAUUGACGGUGGAAAACAGGAAAGCAUGUUACUGACUGCAGACAACAAUUCAUUCUCCAUUAAACAUGCGGGUGGUUGCACAGUGUAUUUUACUCACACUCAUUAUUCAUUAAGCUACUUUGUGGUAUAAUAAGAAGAAUGUUUUGGAGUUUUUUCUUUUUCUAAUUUAGUAGGAAAAGAGGGAAAAUGUGUUUAAACAAAAAAAUGCAUCCUAAAUUUAAAAAAAAAAACCCUUAAGGUCUGCUUAAGGUAAUCAUGAUCCACAUACUGCCAAACUUCUGGUUAGUAAUCCAAAAAUGACAGAUUUCAUAACAGAAUCACGUACAGUGCCAGAAUAAGCCAAAAUACACUGGCACAAAACCAAGUACAGUGUUGUAGGUUUUAAAGCCGAUAAGGUACAACUCUGUAUUUACAUACAUGUCAAACAAAUGAUAAAUAUGAGGUAAUGCAUUACGGUAGGUCACCAAAAUGGACGUGAAUUUGAUUUUUUUUAAACACUGUGAAUUUCAACAGAUAUAAUCAACUUAUAUAACCAGUGGAAUAUAUUCAGUAUGUAGGCCUAUAGUGUCCACUUUUAUAAAGUGUUAUAUUGCAGUUAUAAUAAGUAUUUUAUUCAGACAACAUUACUUGUGUAAUGACAUAGGCAAAUGAGUUUUUAAUGGUGGCGAUAAAAGCUCCAAAUAUUGAAGGAGUAGUUUAACAUAUUGGAAAACACCCUGAUUGGCUUUCUUGCCGAGAAUUAGAUGAGCAAACUGACACCACAAUAAAUAUACGCACAAUGAAUAUUUGGAUACAGCCAUAGAUUGUUAGCUUGGUUUAGAGUGAAGGCUGGAAACGGUUGAAACAGCCAGCCUGGCUCAGUCUGAAGAUGACAAGAUCCUUCUGCUAGCACUUUUAAAGCUCUCUAAUUAACAUGCUCUUUAAAGUUAGUUUAAUCUGUAUCAAAGUGCUAGAGUGACAGUUUUUAGGUUUUCCCUACUCACGAUGCUCAUAGGCUGACAUUUUUCACAUGUUGCGUUGCUGUCAGGCAUAUCAUAGUAAUGCUGUCACUCAUGAGUGGCAGCCAGUGUUGGACUCUCUUUACAAAAGUAGUAUUAUUACUUAACUUAUUAGUGUCUGCCCAUCGUAAAGACUUGAUAUAUUACGUUUCUGUUACACCCCACUAAAUUGGUAGUAUCAUCCUUUCUCCUCAAAAUUCAGGCUUGGCAUUAGCACUUGUGCAAAUGUCAGGGCAAAGUGCAGCUAAGGCUAGAUAGCUUUCAAAAGAUUUUUUUUAUCUGGGGAUCUUGUGUUGCCUUUGAUUUUUUCCCCAAUGAUCGGUCUGAAAGAUAGAGUCAUGGCGGCAACAUGUCAUCCACCACAAAACCAAAAUGCUAGAGUAACAAUUUUUAGGUUUUGCUUGUUAGCCAGCAGCUAGGGUUUUCUUUUUUGCCCAGCUCACUGUGCUUAUAGUUGGCAUUUUUUAAUUGUCGUGCCAAUGUCAGGUGUAUCGUGGUAAUGCUGUCACUCACGAGCGGCAGCCAGUGUUGGACUUGUCCCACAGUAAUUCGUCGCACUACUCGUUAUAUUACCUUUCUCUCACAUCCCACAAAAUCCUUUCUCCUCAAAAUUCAGACUUAGCAUGUGUGCCUUUGUAAAUAUCAGGGUAAAGUCCAGCUAAGUCUAGAAAGCUUUCAAAAGAUUUUUUUUAUCUGAGGAUCUUUCGUUGCCUGCGAUUUUCUUCCCCAAUGAUUUGUCUGAGUCAGUUGUGGAGAUAGCCAACAUUUUAUCCACUGCAUAUCCAGUUACAAAGUUCAUUAGCUCUUUGUUGUUUGUAGCCGGCAGCUGUCCGCAAUUAAAAUCCAGUUUGGGUUGUUUAGCCAUUGCAGAGCUCCAGCCAUCCGCUGCAGCCGAGGUAGGGUUUAUCUCCACAUGUGCUGUUGGUUGUAGGAGUUGUUUCAGACCUGGGCUGUGUUCCAAAAACAGUUUGAGUCGCCCUCGCUCACUUGCCCUCAGCCCUUGCUAUGACGUCACACGGAGGCCACUUGGAGGGCGGAGGGAAAGUGGGCGGAGGGGGAGUGAAAGAGGUAAAUGGAACACACCUGCCCUCGUUCACUCACAGGCCAGACAAUCAUGGAUCAACCACAUGUUGUUGGAGUAGCGCUAUACUGCCUAUUCCAAAUCACACAAAAUAUACAGAGACUCAUGUCAUUAAGACGGAGACGAGGAAGAUGAGCUACUGAAUGAGGAGGGAUUUAGAAAUAAAAGCCUCCCUUCCCUCUUGUGGUCAUAACGUAGGCUAUAUUUUUGAUAUAUAGUCGCUUUUGAAUAUAGGUCGCAUGGUCAGCCAAACUAGGAAAAAAACGCGACUUAUGGUCCGGAAAAUACGGUACAUUAAAACCUUUAAAAUUAGCACACAACAAAGAAGCAAGUAACAGAAAUACAUUCAUAUGCAAUGCCACAGUAAGUUACAAACAAACUCACUCCCAGGCCAGCUUUGAGGCAUUACUUUUGCCAGUAAAGAGAGCUUCAUUUCUCAUUCUGAGCUUUAUGAGGAGCUCCGUCUCCUCAUCAGACCCUGUAACAAUAUGGAAACAAUCCCUUAAUCACACAGAAUGCACAACAAACGACGUGACAUCAGAAAAAUAAAAUGCUAUUUAGAUACAAGUAUUUUGCUUUCUUUUUCUUUUGUCUGUGACAAAUAGCUUAUAUACUUACACUUGUAAACGGUGGGUUCUGCCAUAACUGCCACGGACAGUCUAAUUGCACAAUUAAAUACCGACCCGUGCUGGCUCCUUAAUUCAUUUUCUUCUUCUUUGGUGGUAAAUAGACAGCAGCCAACGGUGUUUGAGGUUCAUUAUCACCACCGCAUGGACAUAUUUUUCGUGCACCACUGCAAUGCAUUGUGGGUGAUAUACAGCUCUGGAGUGACCAUCGUUGUUGACUCGAUCACUCAGCCCUCAAGGGUCGAUCUCACCAAAUUCACUUCAGCUGUUUAGAGAAAUGGAACAGCCCUUAUGAUGGCGGCGGGGAUUCCCCCGAGGGCAAGUGCUGAGGGCAAGUGAGCGAGGGCGACUCAAACUGUUUUUGGAACGCAGCCCUGGUUUGAGGACGCAGCCCUGGUUUGAGGACGUGUUUUUGUACGUGUACCUAAAACAACAAAAUCAAUGUAAUGACAAUAUUUCCACCUGCUGAAUAUAUCAGUUCAAUACAAAAUGCGCCUUUCAGUUCUCAAUAUUUUACAGCACAGUUUGCGACCCUACGAACAGCUAACAGGCUGCGGAAAUGACUGUAGCUAAAAAAAACAAACUAGAUAGAUAACAUGUAAAUUAAUGAGCUUUAGAGCUGUUGACAGGUAGAUUGUGUUGCCUUCAGACAGAGCCAAGCUGCUGCCCCCUGUUUCAGUCUUUAAGCUAAGAUAAGCUAACUGGCUGCUGGCUGUACAUUUAUCAAGCAAACAAGAGAGUGGUGUCAAUUUUCUCAUCUGACUCUCACCAAGAACGUGAAUGAGUCCAUUUCUCAAAAUGUCAGACUAUUCUUUCUCUGUUAAAAUCAUAUUCAGCUACCAAAAACUAUACCGCUUUAUACUAUUUUAUAUGUGAAUAGAUGUAAACCUGUGUGUGUGUGACUGUUUGGUAGCAUGUAUGUGUGUGUGCGUGUGUGUGCUGUGUGUAUAAUUACUUGCACUUCUUUAGUUGGAGUGUUUUGCACACUUGUGUACAGAACAACAGACUGAUAUCUGUACAGUUUUACUUUACCACUAUCCAUCAGAGCAAUUCAUAAUGGAAUCCAUAUACUGUUUGUUGUCGUUGAUGCUGCUGCUGCUGCUUAAACCAAUAAAUCAAUUUCCAUCUCCACUGUAAGAAGGUUUAUUUCACUAUUGUGCUAAUAUUGGUUUCUCCGGGAAGUCCGAGGGGGCCCCUUCUGUUUUUCAUCUGCGUCUGUGAGAAAGAGGCGUCUGGGAGUGAUUUGAAGCACACUGUGACCUGCUUGGCAACUGAGCCCUUAGGGUU